AUGCCCUUUUACCGGCGCACGGUGGUGCCCCAGCGCCUGUGCCCGCGCAACCCGCCGCACCCGCUGACGGAGCUGCACGACGUGAGCCACUUGGCCACACUGAGCUUGCUCCGGCAACUCGCCGACCUCUGCGGCCACUCGGUGGCUUUGCUCGAGAACCUCGAGGGGCACCUGCUGGUCCUGGGGCGCCGCACCGACAGCCUGUGCCAGCGAACGGUGCGUCUCCGCAGCCGUCUCCCCUGCCGCCUGCUCGCCCCCGACGACGACGACGACGACGACGAGCUGCUAGGUCACAGUAACAGCUCAGCAGGUAGUGUGGCCCACUAUACCAGCUCAAACAUCAGGCCUAGUCAUUCAGUUCCAGAAGGUGUUCAUGGAAGAGUUGCAGUUGGUCAGGAAGCUAGAUUCCCAAAUCUCACCUUGCCAGCACUGAGAAAUCCUAGUGAUCCAGAAGCUCCUCUCCAAGCCCCUUGUGGGACAAACCCUCCCAGCAUGGAAAGCGCGGGAAUGGUGUACAGCAUACCUAGUUCUUGCAACGGACCAACCGAAUCAACAUUCUCCAAUACAUGGAAGGGAGAUGCUUUUACCUAUAUGACACCAAGUGCCACCAGCCAGAACAAUCAAGUUACUGAAAAUGGGGGAAAUCCUUCCUCUGGAAAUUCUUGGGUCUCUUUGCACACGCUGCCUCCUCUAACUCCAAAGGAGCCUGCCACCCUCGUUGCCACUCAUGAUAACCUCGCCGGAGGUAGUGGGUUAUCUAGCUCCUCUGAGCACCCUCCUCAGCGAAGACAAGCUUUGGAACGACCCCCGAAGCCUGGCCUUCUGACAGGUGGUACUUCAAGGCUGGAAACGGGCCCAGGUGGGGCUAGCAGGUUCCGGGAACGGUCACUGUCUGUGCCCACAGACUCGGGCACCACAGAUGUGGACUGUGAUGAAGAUCAGAAGACCAGUGAAGCGUGUAUCCUGCCUUCUGCCAGCACAGGUUCGGAGGGCAGUAAGAGUGCUGAUAACAUUACCUCCCUUAGUGCACAACAGGAAGCCCAGCAUCGAAGACAGAGAUCCAAAAGUAUCUCACUCAAGAAGGCCAAAAAGAAGCCCUCUCCACCAACACGUAGUGUCUCACUGGUCAAAGAUGAACCUGUCCUCUUGCCAGAAGGUGAGUCAUCAGUUGUCAAGGACCAGAGACCAAGGAGCCUUUGCCUCUCCUUAGAACACCAAGGCCGUCACUCAUCACAUCCAGAUGCUCAAGGUUAUUCAGCUGUGCCCACCUUCAAAGAUACAGAAGGUACACAUUUCUCUCACCACUGGUAUCUCACUGACUGGAAGUCUGGUGACACCUACCAGUCCUUGUCCAGUUCUAGCACUGCCACUGGCACCACAGUCAUUGAGUGCACCCAGGUUCAGGGCAGCUCGGAGUCUCUGGCCUCCCCUUCCACUUCCAGAGCCACAACACCUUCCCAAAUCUCCAUCGAGGUAGAAGCCAGGGAGGUGUCCUCUCCAGGAAAGCCUACUGGGCUGAUGUCACCCUCCAGUGGAUACUCUAGUCAGUCUGAGACACCAACACCCACUGUUUCCAUGGCCUUGACUCUUGGCCACUUGCCUCCUGCAAGUAGCAAUGUCCGGGUGCGUCCAAUUGUACCUGAAAGGAAGUCCUCACUUCCCCCAACAUCGCCAGUGGAGAAAUUGUCCAAGUCGAGGCUAUCAUUUGACCUACCAUUGACCUCUUCAGCCAACCUGGACCUGUCUGGAAUGAGUAUCUCCAUCCGAAGCAAAACUAAGGUGAGCCGACAUCACUCAGAGACAAAUUUGGGGGCCAAACUGGCCCAGAAAACAAGUCCCAACCAACCCAUCAUGCCCAUGGUUACUCAGUCAGACCUCCGUUCUGUUCGCCUGAGGUCAGUCAGCAAAUCGGAGCCAGAAGAUGACAUUGAGAGCCCUGACUAUGCUGAGGAACCUGCAACAGAAGUCUUUACGUUGCCUGAGAGAAAACCAAAACCUCCCAUAGCUGAGAAGCCCCUGCUGAUCCGAAGGCCUCUGAGCUUGGUCCACAAGCCACCAUCUCUCCCUGAAGGUUACCCACUAACUUCUCCUCCCUUGGCUAUAACCCCUACGAGCUCAAUUCAACAUAUAAGGCCGCUCCCUCAAGACAUCUAUAUGGUGGUUCGGAAACCAAAGUCCCCUAGCAUUCCUGAGGGUAAGAGUCCAGGGGAGUCAAGAGCAUCCUCAGCCCAGGUGUUCACGCCUUUUGCCAGCUCAACUGGUGCUUUCUUCUCAGGAACGCAGCAACUUCCCCAAGGAAGUAGGGAGGAUGAGGAGCCCAGAGUGAGAACCCUGCCUGAAAGAAUUAACCUCCAGAGCCAGGAAGAAGCUGAGAAAAAGAAAAGCAAGAUUCCACCUCCUGUCCCCAAAAAGCCCAGUGUGCUGUACCUGCCUCUCACUUCCCCUCCAGCACAAAUGGAAGCCUACAUGGUUGAGUCAAGGCUGCCUCUCAGCCCCAUCAUCACUCUGGAUGAAGAGCCCAAGUGUCUACCCUCUGGCAACCACUUGCAAUCCCCUCCUGCAAGGACAACUUCAACACCACAGGCUGAUGAUGAAAGGGAUGCAAGCCCUCUCGGUAAUUCUAUGGAGUCAAGCUCGGAAGGAAAAAGUUUAAUCAGUGAUAAAACAGCCGAAUGGAUUGUGGAAGAUGAUGAUGAGGUGUUUGUGGCUUCACGUACAACUGAAGAUUUAUUUACUGUGAUACACAGGUCCAAAAGGAAGUUGCUGGGCUGGAAGGAGCCCGGGGAGGCCUUUACUGGCAGCAAGCCAAGCUCCCACUCACCAAUCAGGAACAUAGAGGAUGCACCCACCACUGAGCCGACGGCCUCUGCGGGGUCAAGCAGCGGUGCCAGCUUAGAUGCUGGCAGAAAUGACGAUUUCAAGGCUUUGCUGCAGAAGAAGGGAAGCAAGACAACUCCAAGGUCUCGCCCCUCGGCAGCAGAACUGCUGAAGACCACUAAUCCACUGGCUCGGCGAAUUAUUGCACAAUUUUCAAAAGACUACAAAACCACGGAUAACCCCAAUACUUAAGCUCUCUGGGGUUCAGCAAGCAGGGUUUACUUACUAAACUUGGGUAGAGAAGGGAGAUGAGAAAAUGGUUUAAAAGAACUAUGGAAAUCACAUGAAAGGCUACAUUUCUUUUACAUUAAGUUUUAUUUGGACAGAGAAGGCCACCUCAUCUAGUACUGAACUCACCAGGCACUUUAAUCAUCUUUAGACAUUUGACAUUUUCAUAUUUAGAGUCUUGCCAUUGCUGACUACCAUUUUCCUCCUCCUUUUCCUCCUCUCUGCCUCCUCCUCUUCCUCCUUCUUCUUCUGUGACUAUUGCGACUUUUUCCUACUUCUUUGGCACCAGAGAUCGCGAACUGCGGGUCUGCUAGGUUCAAACAGUAGAGCUGCAAUGAUUACAAUGAACAUAUAGGGUACCUGGGAGUUGAACUCAUGAUCAUAUAGAUUACAAGUACUCCAAACCCCUUAGCCCUACUCCCUAUCCUCACCCCCCACCAGUGGUGUGCACUGAGAAGAAAUUCUCAGAUACAGCGCACAUGUGAUGUCUUUUCAGUGAGGCUGCUCCAUACACUGAGGGGAGGAGUGUGAGAGCGUAUUGGGGCUGCCAAACCUGGAAGGCCUAGGGUGCCCGUGCUGAUUAUUCACACUGCCAGUGGGACCUUGCUGGCCCUGUGAGGAGGGAUAGAGAGACUUGGAUGCCUCUUCAACAGCAAUUUCAACUUCCUCAUGGGAGUGGUUUGCCAGUGUGCACUUAUUAAGGAGUGGAGUUUAUUGGAUGGCUUUUGUUAUGAAAAAAAAUGAGUGUAGUUCUGUCCUGAACUUCAUGGGUUUUUUUGUUUUGUUUUGUUUUGUUUUGUUUUGUUUUGCAUUUUGGGUCACACCCGGUGAUGCACAGGGGUUACUCCUGGCUCUGCACUCAGGAAUUACCCCUGGCGGUGCUCAGGGGACCAUAUGGGAUGCUGGGAUUCGAACCUGGGUUGGCCGCAUGCAAGGCAAACGCCCUACCCGCUGUGCUAUCACUCCAGCCCCUGAACUUCAUGUGUCUUUUUCAGUUUGGUUAUCUACACGGGCAUCAGGGUGAUGAUAUUCAAGAAAUACCUAGGGAUCCUUUCCCCCAACCCAGAGCUAGAAGAGGUGAGGACAAUCAUAGAAAGAGAUUGCUUUAGAUGAACCAAGCUCAGCCAACAAGCUAGGCAGCUGUUUACUCACGCAGAGGGUAACUCACAGCACAUGUGCACUGAGAUCCUUCAAGUGUAAACAACAGCUACUAGAAUCUGUGGUCAGCUUAUCUGCAUUCUAAGGACUUGCUUUCAUUUGCAUAUGACAUCCAUUACAGGAAGUAUCAUCAUCAAAGGCCCAAGAAGGAAAGUAAGUGCAACUUGCCCACCACCAUCCCAUUUAGGUUGAGGCUUGUGGUUGGUUUGGUUAGAUUUCAAGGAAGUCUUACUCAGUUCCAAAAUGUAUAGACUCCAGGGAUACAUCCCAAAUCUAAAAGGCAGUCUUACAAGCUGUUACGGCUCAUCACAUUCAAAUGGAACUACUUUUUGCCAUUUAGGGUUGACCAACUUUCUAUUAACCAUGCUGAGGACAAUGUACGAACUGAGGCUAAUGGGAUACUGACAGUCUCCAGAAUAAUCACUCCACUCCGAAGUUUCAAAAAACGAACUAUUCUUGUCAGCUCAGUUUUGUUAAGUAAAGCAAGAGCAAGGAUUCAUUUGAUUUUUAUGUGAUUUUAUAUGAUUUUUAUAUGCUGGUUUCGGAGACAUUGUGGGUACAGGAAACAAAGCAUUGAACAAAGAAAACAAUAAUGGAGGAAAAGAAGAAAAAUAAUCACAAAACAUUGUUGCUUGCUUCACUAAGAGGGUCCUCCAGUCCCUCCCAGCUUCACUCCCACAUAAAAGAAUUACAGCUAGAAAGUACCCAUUCUUCUUGAAAGUAUUUGAUUUAAAAGCCCUAACCAAAUUUCACAGGUUUUUCCUGAAAUAAAAUAGAUUCAUCCCUGGCCUUAAGUUAUAUGUGAAUGUCACAGCUGGCUUCCCAGACUCAGAAUUCCAAAAAUUGGAAAACUUUUCUUGUGCAGGCAAACAUAGGAAUGUCCAUACUUUUGCCAUAACAAAAGAGAAACACUGCCAAUGCUUUCUCUCUGGGAACCGUUGUGAACAGUUGAACUUUAAAGCCAAAUGUGAGAUUCACAUAUUUUAGGACUUGGUCCUUAUGCUUAUUUUUUUUAGAAACUUCUGGUUUCCUACGUCUAGUGGCUUGUUGCCUUUCCUCUUACCUUGCUAUCUCUGGUGGCUUUCCCCAAAAAUUCUAAGGCUAAACACCCAGGCACCUUUACCCUUUUCAAUUACCUUGAGCCUUGUUUUCCUCUACAAUAUUCUUUGGGGUGGGAAUGGGACGAGGAGAUGCUCAGUAGGCAAGAGGACAACCCUGGUGAUUUAGACAACUGAGCCAAGACAAUUCAAUGCUUAGACCCAGUUAUGUGCUACUACUCAGGCCCAGCAUGCUGAGAGCUAUCAAGGACACCCCUCCAGUGCUCAGAGGUAUGUGAGGGGAGGGUCAUUAAGUUCCAGGAAUAGAACUUGGGUCCUUAGGAAUGCAAGGCAUGUGCCCCUGAUUUCCAAAUUAUCUCCUCCGUUUAUUCAAUGUUAUGUAUGCCUGGAAUUUUGAGAACAUCUUCUGUAGGAUUACUAUGGCCCUCAAAUGCCCAGUGGUGUUCCCAUUAGUACAGGGGGAUUUGGGCCAGAUACAGUGUGGUAAAAAGUAACACUGAGGACUGGAAAUAUUAGUUCAAUAUUUUUCAAUGGGUCAGCUUUGUCACAAACAACCAAACCAUAGGAUUUCCAUCAAUCAUGAAGAAACAUAACACGGAAUGUCUUUCCUACCCCUAAUACUAAGCCUCUCAUCUAGUCUUCUUUAGCAUCACACCAACCCUCCCAUCCAGGGCAUUUACCACACUGUUUGCUGCCUUCUGUACUUAAUCCACCAUCUCCAGAAAAGAUAGACUAAAAGUCCCUCUCAGGAUGGUUUUCAGAGAUGUACUACUGCCAUUAUCAAUAGUAUGAAUACUAAUUAUGAUUUCUGAAUGUGGAACACAGAAAGGGGUUUGUGGGAAGUGAAGCUGACCUCCAGGAAAUAAGUUUCCGAUUCAAAUGGUUUCUACCAUCUCUUUUUCUCCAUUCCAACAUUUAGCAUCAGAUGGCUCUACUAUCUGAGAGAUAAAUGACUUAUCUAACCAGGAAUAAAGAGAAUCAUUCCCAGGAGAGGAGGUUAAUUGGUAGAUAAGAGUACUUUGCACUUGCUGGCUAUUUAUUACACACUUGUGGUUCAAAUGCUGAGGUAGGAAACAAGUAAUUCAACCCAACAGGAAACUUUCCUAUUGUCUCCUCUUCUUUGUCUCUUACUUGGGCCUCCCAUCUGGCCCCAACAUGCUCAUCCAUCCCAACUUUCAUGAACUACAUCCCUAAGCCAACAGUUCAACCCUUAAGGACACAAGACCACUGGUGCAAAAUAGCUCAUGUAAUUGAUCCAUUGAUCUGGAGACAUUGCUAUGAAUAUACAAAGACAGAUAAAAUUCUCCCAGGCUCUUCCAACAAGAUUUUCCCUUAACAUCCAUUUUAAUUCUCUGCGAAAUCUAGAUCCCUCUGUACCUAUCAGUGUGAGAAGAUCAAUUACCUAUUCCUGAAAAGAUGAGUUUCCUGGUCAGAGAUGUGUUCUGGCAGUACAUCCUCCAUUGUUGCCAAGCCUCUAAUAUAAUGGUGAGCUUUCUCUUAAAUAGGAUUUGAAAUGGCCAGAGUUAGAAAGAGGUGAGUUCGGUGCCAAGGGUGCAAAAUUGAAGGAGGCACCCACUCUCAGGGCCUUGCAAGUGCCUUACCCUCGUUCUGGCCCUGUGAUUUGCACUCUCUAAAGUAAUACCAGUUUACCCUCUUCCUAUGAACAAGUAUAAUUCUGAUUUGGGAGUGGAGGUAGGUAACUCCCUAUCUUUUUUGACAAUGUUACCAAAUGUUUUAUUGCCACCUAUUCUUCCCAUUGCUAUUAACCUUUGUUGCCUACACAUUGGGGAAUCCUCAAUAAUUUUUUCAUGUUUUUCUCAUGUGAGAUGGGUAAUGUGCCAAUGUUACAAGGUUUUGAGGGAGGUGUGUGUUAUGAAGCAAUUUAGGAACCACUAAAAACCACUAAAAAAUUCUAAGGAAUCACUAACUAACCACUGAAUGAUCAAGGAAUCUUUGUUUUAUUAGAAAACACAGUUGUUAUCUAAGUAAAUUGUGCCAAGUUUCAGGUAGCACCCGUACCAGUAGGGAGGCCCUUUAGCAGAAUGAUGGCUAUACAGAAGGUCUGUUGGUGUCUCCUUUCCUCUUCCCUCUCCAUUCUCCCUGGACAUUGUUUCACAGAAUCAACUCUCCUGAGUGCCUCCUACUUUUCCUUCUCACAAAGAAAAGCAUACUCUCAAAAAUGAAAACCAUUCCUUUGCUUUGAGAUUAAUAUGGCUUAAUGCUACCUCUUUUGAGGGCCACUUCCAUUUUUAUGGGGAUCCUUAAUCCAAAGGAAUGAAGGUCUACCUGUAGAAUUUUAGGUACCACCUAGUAGCAAAAAUGUAUUUUUCACCCUAGAAAGACCAAAUACCCUGACAAUGAACUCCAGAAUAUCGAAGCUAUUUCUUGGAAUCAUUUCAACAAAUUGUUAACGUCAAUUAAAGUGUUCUGAUAUUCAGUGCUACUCAAUAUGGUUAGUACCAAGGGACCCUCAGAACUGGCUAUUAAAAGGCAGUGAGGAGGCCUAGAUAAUUCAUAUGGUACAUUAACAUUUUCCACCAAUGGAAUUAAGACUACUUACAUUUGAGUGAAAAAAAGACACGCAGGUUUAAAGAGUUUGUGAAAAUAUGUCCUGUUUGUGAAAGGUGAAAUUGUUCAAUGUUCAAUCAAUGUAGGUCCCCUGGUAUUGAUGGUGAUGGUUCAACUCACAAGAUGUACAACUUGACUGAACACAAGCUUCUGCUCCCUGCUCCCCUUCUCUGUGUUAUGUGCUAUCACUUCAGCUUGGUGUGAGAAUGAGAGAGAGCUACACAGAGCAAUUAGUCCCUCCAAAACCUUUGCAAGUGUUUCAGCUCAGAAGGGAUUCAAACAUUUGGGAUUUCAAAUGGCAAGAGAGUGAGAAAGAGGUUCAAAAGUCUGCCUCUGUCAAGGAGCGACAGAAAUUGUAACGAUUUCAACAAUGAUUUGAGAUAAAGUUUUAGAAUUCUCGGAAACAGAUCCUUAGUGGCAAGUAGUUAUAGAUACAUAUUUGAAGCAAUUGUAGUAAGUUUAGCAAAAAGAACUUUGCAUAAGUAGGAGGUUGUCUGAAAGAGGUAUGUAUUUUUGUUCAGUCAAGCUCAAAGUUUAGGAAAGUGCUUCUCACAGUAUGAUAGCAGGACCACCAGCAGCAGCUUCCGCCACAGCCCUGGAACCUGUGUGCGCGGGCGCACACUCGUGCAUGUAUUCCAAUGAUGUUACUCCUUCAAGCCCCUGAAUCGCCUGCAGCAAUGACUCCCCAACUGAUUCCAACCUUUCCUUUCACUUCUGUUGGCCGUGAAUGGAAAGUGAUGAGUCUUUGGCCGAGUUCAAUACAGUCUCAUGUUGGUCAGAUGUAUAUGUGCUUGAUGUUAAGAAAGUAUCAGAUUGAAGCAACCUGCAAACACAUAUUUGUCUUAGUACAUCAUCUGGCCUGUGUUUGUCUUUAAAAAAUUCAAUCAUGUGCACUCGUGCGAUAUUGCCAACUGCUAAUAGCUGUAUUUUCCCUGGGACUAUUUUCAGGAGGGCUCCUGCAGAGGUAGAUUUGAUUAUUAAAUUUUGUCUUCAUAGUAGAAUUUGAUAGCAACGAAUCCACAAACAAAAUAUGAACUGGAACCACUGAUUAUUUCCUCUCAGCCUCCCUGUAAUACAAGCUUUCUAGAAAUGCAUUCCUUGUAUGGUCUUGAGCUUUUUUGAAUGUCUAAUUUUAUAAAACAUUAUGCAUGCAAACACAGCAUUAUGCUCAUUGUACAAAUCACUCCCAAAUGCAUUCCCUCCCCUACAUGUAUGAUGGUUAAGAAAUAUCAAUAUGUAUGUUCUUAUCUUUCCUGCUAAAUUGUAAAUUACAAAUCUUUUUAUUAAUUUUUAAAUGAGAUAUAUUUACUCUGGUUAGCAGUUAAAAUUUUAUUCUUUUUAUUAUAUUUCUUUCCUACCUUUUUCUACUGACUCCAAGCUUACUUUGGAGAAUAUUUCUUAUUUCAGGAUUGUUGUACUAUUGUAUUUCUAUAUUUAUCUAUAGUCAUGGGAUGUCAGAGACUAAAGGGUCAACUUUAUUUACAGAUGAGGAACUGAGGCCCAGACAGAUCAAAAAUCUUAUGUAGUUCAUGCAGUAGUAGGAACUGCCUGGGUCCCAGAUCUCCUGCCUUGGGGCCAGUGGGUUUUGUUUUGUUUUGUUUUCAUUUAAAGCAACAUUUAUAGAAGACUUACAGAAAUAUCCAAAACGGAAUAUCCCAGGUACUUCAGUGAACAACUAUAUAUGCUUUACAGAAAAGUGCUCAAGGGUACUUUCAUUCUAUGGAUUUGUGGAAAGACAAAUCUAAUUUUAGGUUUAGGAAUGCUCAUUUCUCCAGAGCUAGAAAGAUAGUACAGCAGGUAAGGCACUUGCCUUGCACACAGGUGACUCAGGUUCAACUCUUGGAACCCCAAAUGUAUGGUGUCCUGGGCCUGCCAGGAAUGAUCCCUGAGGGAAGAACCUGGAAUAAGCCCUGAGUACCGCCGGGUAUGACCCCAAAACAAGAAAAAUGUUUAUUUCUCUCCAAAUACCAUAUACUAUAUACACCAUGAUUUGUGGAACAAAUCUUUCCCCUAAAAUUGUGUGGGGGAAAUUGAUUUUAUGCCCGGGGAGAUGGUUCAAAGGGCUAAAGCUUAUUAUGAUUUGUAUGUAGUUCCUGGUUUGAUCCCCAGCACCACACGGUCUCCAAUAACCACCAAGAGUGAUGUCAAGCACUACGCCAGGAAUGGACCCUGAGCACCACCAAAUGCGGCCCCACACCCCCCAAAAAGAUUUUUAUAGAUAAAACUCCAUUUAUUGGUAGAUUAGUUUCCUAUGUAAAAAAAUCUUUUGGUUUCUUCUUUUGAAAAACUAAGAGUCCUCUUGUCCAUGUUACUUGUCCAUGUCUAUUUUUUAGUGAGAACUUUUAUAAUUGGUGUUAUUCAAGUAGGGCAAGAUAAGGCUGGAGAGAUAUAGUACAGCAGGUAGAGUGCUUGCCUUGCACAUGGCUGGCCUGGAUUUAAUCCUUGGCAUCCCCAAGCACUGCCAGGAGAAAUUCUUGAGUGCAGAGCCAGGAGUAACCCUUGAACAUCACCAGAUGUGGCUGCCGCCCCCACCACCAAAAUAAGCAAGGCAAACCAAAAGAGCCUUUCCUAGAGCUUACUUUAUUUGCCCUUUGUAAAUUUUCUAAGAUAUUUCAGACUGUUAGAUACUUAUGACAUACAGAGUUGUGUUCUACAAACUUCACCUGGCUUGAUAUAUUGUCAAUCCCUGGGCUCAAAUUCCAUCUCCUUAAUAAACAAUAACCAAAACCCCUAAUUAGUACUGAACUCUGCAUGCUGUCUCCUUUCCAGAAUAUUCUUUGCCUAAUAUUCCUUAGUGUAACUCUCUCCUUAGCUAUUAUUGGGCUUUCUUCCAUAAUUUGUGCAUACCUCAGUAUUUUGUGGAGCUGCUAGCAGUGCCUUGUUAGGACUAUGGAGUGGUGGUAUUUCAAUCAUUUCCAUCAUUCUGUUGUUUCUCCUGAACUUCUGGUCUCCCUUUUCAGAAACACUCAGACAUCGGUGGAAUUUCAUCAUCCUCUGGAUCAGGGGUUGACAAUAUUUUUCUGUAAAGGACAGGUAGUAACUACUUUAAGCUUUGAGGUCUACAUAUGAUUUCUGUAGCAUACUCUUCUUUUGUUGUUGUUUGUUCUACACUCCUUUAAAAUGUAAAAAAAUAAUAAUAAUAAAUCUUAGCUCGGAUUAUACAAGCCACAAACUGGAUUUUUCCAACUAGUGAUGGUUUGCUGACCUGACCCACUGACUACUUUGUUUCUGUGACCUGCUCCAUGUAAUAACUAGUUGAGUGCAGGAUGGUGUGAUUCCCUGCCUUCCCAACCCAGUUUGCACAGAGGUAGGUGGAAAUGGGAUGCCGAUGCCACCCGUUAUCCUUCAAUGAGAUAUCCUUGCUGAACACUCCUCUCUGCUUCUCCCUUCCCUCCUUUCUGCCUCUUCUCUCUCUCCUCUCAUUCUUCAUCUCUCUCUCCCUCUGCCUCUCAUGUCUUUUGCUUCUUCUUCUUGCUUUGCUGUAUGGACUAGAACUCACAGUGAUAUGCUGAAUAAGAAAGAUGAAUGUAGAUUGUCUUAUUACUGAAAGAAUUUCAUUUUUCUUCACUUAACAUGAUGUAAGAGUAUUUCUGAAGUGCUCUACUAUAAAAAUUUCAAGAAAAUUUCCCUGUAUUCCUGGUACACUGAGAUUUUUUUUUAACAUCAUGACAGUGUGAGAUUUUGCCAAAUGCUUUUUCUGUCUUAAGUGAUAGGACCAAGUUUUUCUUCUUUGGUCUGCUAAUCAGGUAAAUUAUAUUGAUGGAGUUUUGAAUGUUGGAUCCGCUCUGCACACCUGGAAUAAAUAACACUUUGUCUAUGUCACUAAAGUGAAUUUGCUCAAUUUUGAACUAUUUGUAUCAAAGUUUAGGAGAUCCUUAUAUGUAGUUUUCUUCUUCUGUCCUCUCUCCCUCAGCUACCUCAGUUUUUUUUAAACUUAUAAAAAUUAAAUCAAUGUGAGAUAGACCCUUAUAAAGCUGUUUAUGAUCAGAUUUGUCAUACAGUAUUUUAACACCCAUCCCUCCACCAGUGUAUUUUUUCAGAACCAGUGUCCCCAGCUUCCCUCCCAUCAUUUGCCACCCCCCGCCACCUGCCUUUAUGGCAGGCACUUUUCUUUUCUCUCUAUCUCUCUCACUCACUCUCUCGUUCUCUUUCUCUUCUUUCGUGUAUUGUGGUUUGCAAUAUUGAUACUGAAAGGUUAUCGAGAAUAUCCCUUUACCUACUUUGAACCCUCAGAUCUUGUCCAGCAUGAUCAUUCCCAGCUAUUAUUAUUAUACCGAUCUCUUCUCUAUCUUACCUACCCUCAGUCCCACACACACUUGUUGUUAGAUCCAACCAUUGACCAGUCCUCCUAACUCCUGUUUUCCCUGGCCAUGGAUAUUAGUCUUCUUGUUUCAGACCCUGUCCUAGUUUUUCAGUGUGCCUCUAUUUCUUUGAAUUGAGGUAAGCCUGAAAGGAAGAAUGAAUUGCCGAGUUCUCUUGUUUCUUUUGUCACAUCAUUACACUCCCAACCUGUGGCGGGGGGUGACUGCAUUGCCUUAUCUAUCCAACCCACCCUACUCCAUAUUAGCAUCAUAAGUUUAGGGCUGACUCUAAAAAGUCUGAAGGCCCCAGCCUUGAGAUUUCAGUAAAGUAUACAGUCUGCUUAAAAGUCAUCAGUUCUCUUGGUUCCAAUGGCUGAUUUUAAAGCCAAGGACAUCAUGUAGCCAUUUUCUAAUGCAGUUUGGACUUGUUUUAGACUCAGCCCGCACCAUAAAACAAAUGAGAUCACUGUCACUGUCAUCCCGUUGCUCAUUGAUUUGUUCGAGCAGGCACCAGUAACGUCUCUUAUUGUGAGACUUAUUGUUACUGUCUUUGGCAUAUCCAAUACGCCAUGGGCAGCUUGCCAGGCUCUGCCAUGCGGGCUCGAUACUCUCGGUAGCUUGCUGGGCUCUCCAAGAGGGACGGGAGAAUCGAACACGGGUUGGCUGCGUGAAAGGCUAAUGCCCUACCACUGUGCUAUCGCUCCAGCCCAAAACAAAUGAGGUAAAGAAAGUAUUCUUAGUCCGAAGUUUUCCCUGCCUAUAAUCCCCUGCUUCCUGGGCACCUGGGCCCCAGGAUAGACUCCGUGGAAUGCUUCAUGCAGCACCACAGCCAACAGGCAUUCAGCAUAUCACUGUCUCCUAUUUUCUGAAUCUCUAACGGUAUUCCCUAAAGCUUCAAAUCUGACUCCACCUCCCUCCCAUCUCUAUCCCUCAUGAGACUGGGGGAGGGGGAAGUCUAAUGCUCAGAUUCUAAAGUACACAUUUGUGCAUAUCAACAUUUUGAGCUAUAGGUGAUUAAGAAGCAGUGCCUUUGUGUGUAAAUUGUUUUCUCCACUUGGAGAGUGAGGGCCCCAUUCAGUAACAUUGCACAAUUGAAUGCACAGCACACUCAGUGUUCUCAUUAGUUUUCUGGUUCAGGUCCAGGUCUGAUCAGGUUGGCCAAUGAGAAAGAAACAAAUAUCCAUGCACCUGAGGCAUUUCUUUAUAUAUAUAUAUGUAUAUAUAUAUAUAUAUAUAUCACUGUCAUCACUGUCAUCACUGUCAUCCCAUUGCUCAUCGAUUUGUUCAAGCGGGCACCAGUAACGUCUCUCAUUGAGAGACUUUUUGUUACUGGUUUUGGCACAUUCAAUACGCACAGGUAGCUUGCCAGGCUCCGCCUCGCAGGCUCGAUACUCUCGGUAGCUUGCCGGGCUCUCCAAGAUGGGUGGAGGAACCGAACUCCGGUCGGCCGCGUGAAAGGCGAAAGCCCAACCACUGUGCUAUUGCUCUCUAUAUAUUUACUGCUAUUUUUUAUAUUUAAAUGAAUCACCAUGAGGUACAGUUACAGACCUACAAACUUAUGUGCUUACAUUUCAGUCAUACAAUGAUCAAGUACCCAUCCCUCCACUAGUGCCCAUUCUCCACCACCAAUGAUCCCAGUAUCCCUCCCACCACCCCCACCCCAUUCCUCCAGCCCCACCCUGUCUCUGUGGUAGGACAUUCCCUUUUUCUUUCUCUCUCCUUUUUGGUGUUGAGGUUUGCAAUGUAGGUAUUGAGUGGCCAUCAUGUUCAGACUAUAAUCUACUUUCAGCUCACAUCUCCCAUCCCAAGCUGGCCCACCUGAGGCAUUCCUUUUCUUAUCUUUUAACCCCUUCUUUUGACUGGCUUGAGCUGGGUUUUCCCAGGAAGCCAUUUGAAGAAACCCCUCCUUGGCAAUCCCAGACCGGCUGACAUACAGAAAACAAGGAGUUGAGCUGGAAAUGGCCUCUGCCCCUUGGAUUUACCUCUCAAACUGCAGUUUCUAUCUAAGAAAUCACUUCCUCUGACCUUCAGUGUGUACUCUGUCAUUUGAGCUCACCAAUCUGCCCACUUACUAAGGUCUGAACUUUCAAAAGCAGAGAGAAGAAGGAUUUUGAGGAUAUCCUUAUUUAAAAGUAUCUAUGAAACAGUACCUUUCUGCCUCUUGUUUAGAAUUCCCAGGUUUAGAAAGGGAACCAAGCUUAUGCCUUGAUAUCUAAGGCAGCAAAAGUACUACACUCGCCAAAAUUGUAAGGAGAGAUGAGAACUGACUAAUCGUAUGCAGUCAGGAGAGAAACUGUGGUUAAACUGUUUCCCUUCAAUGCUCACUGAGUGUCAGCCAGGUACUGAAGAAAAUCCCAGCAAAAACUGGGACCAGAGAGACAGUACAAUGCAGCCUUCCACAUGGACAGUCAGAGUUCAAUCACUAGCACUAUAUAUAGUUCCCCAAGACCCACCAGGAAUGAUUCCUGAGCAUAUUCAGGAAUAAGCUCUGAAUAUUGUCAAGUGUUACCCAAAAACAAAAAAAAAGAGAAAAGAAAAGGAAGGCAGGAAAUUAUACACGACUCUCCCAAUCUAAAAGGCAGAGAUAAGACAUUUCCCCUGGUGAUGUCAGUGUUCCAGAACUAAAAGAAAAACAUCCAGAAGCAACAGAAAAAAAAAGGAAAGAGCAUAAUCUUGUAACUAUUCCAAUACAAAAUAGAAGGAUGCCCCUUGUGGGAUGAUGUUUUGAUGUUUUUUUUUCAUGACUUCUUUCUUUUUAUUUUUUUUAAGUAUUCCUUACUGACUUGCUACCAGCAAUUGAACAGUACCCUUUAUAUAGAUAGAGAUGUUUGUGUCUUCUUAAAAUAAACUGUUUUCUGUUCUAA